AUGACGGAGAUUGAGCUCAACGGGAUUUCUGCUGGUCUAUCCGGAUUGACUGCUGUUCCAUGGAAGAGUGGAUCGUUGAAUAAUGCUUUGGCGACGUAUUUCUGUCCUCAAAAGACGCUGCAAGCAGAUCGGCCCAAACUUGGCAAAGUAUUCACGGCUAGGAACUUGAAUCGCAUAGCGGGCAUUGAGAUUCGAUGGACAACAAACUUGGCAGACCAUCUGCGUCUUGUGGAUGACGACCAGGUUGUUUUCAUUUUUCACUGCGCGAGCUUUCUCCAGCUUCAGAAAGGUCUAGACAACAGUCCAUUUCCAGCAUCAUUUCUCCAAGAAACGCUAGACACUCUCGCCCUUCUCUUCCCCUCCUCAGAUAAUGAGACGACGAGCUGGCUAAAGAGUAUUGCGAAGAUUGACCCGCGACUAUUAAAGUGUGGUUCUCUUCGUACCCGGGAGCGCAGACUGGAGAAUUUUAAUUACUGGCAUGAUCAGCUUGUCAUCUUAAAGCAGGCGUUUGACGAGUCCAGUCCCAGAAACAUUUCUCAGUGGUGGUUUGACAGAAGGAAUGGCGUCCAAUGGUACACAUUUUGGAUAGCGAUACUUGUUUUUGCAGUCACUAUAUUCUUCGGCGUUGUACAAAGCGUCGAGGGUGCAUUGCAGGUCUAUCUAGCGUACAAGAGCAUGUAG